AUGAAACCAGAAACUUUAGUUAUGAAAAUAAUAGAAGCUAUGGAAACGAAUUCACCGACUCUAAUAACUUACAACGGUAAAAAAGUGCAUAUAACCCAAAAGAUUAUCGAUAAAUACAAACAUUGCAAAGUCAGAGACGAUAUAGACUUGGAAAGAAUUGAUGAGAAUUUAACUAAAAAAGGUGGAUUUUUACCUUUCUUACCUUUAAUCUUUGCUGGUUUAGCUGCAGCUGGUGCAACUGCUGGUGGAGCUGCUGGGAUAGCCAAAGCUGUCAACGAUAAGAAAGCUGAAGCCGCUGCAAACGCCGAAGCACGUAGACACAAUUUGGCAAUGGAAAGAGAAGCACGAGGAGGUUCUGGGAAAACUCAUCUCACUUUUAACAUGUUGACAACACCAAACCUUUUAGAUUUCGAUUCUCUGUAUAUCUACACAACAACACCAGAGCAAUCGUAUUAUCAAUUCCUCAAAGCUUUGGAAUAUUUACCAAAGAAAGACGUUCAAGACAUAUUUCAAUAUUACGAGGAAAACGAAGAAGAAGUGGAAAUAAAAGAUAUCAUAGAAAACUUCAUUAAAUCAAAGAAUCCAUCUUUCAAUCCAACGGAUAUAAAAGUUUUUCUUACGAAAAAUGUUCAUGAUCUAGACUUGUCUAAUAUUGAUAGCAAUCGAAAGAACUUAAUAUUGUUUGACGACUGCGUAGCGCAAAGAAAUCAAACUGUUCAACAAUAA